AAAAUACUAACAAAACCCAUUCCUCAAGAAAACAAUUACUUUAAAACAAAAAAAUUGAUAAAUUGCUUUAGUGUCAAAUUUUGAGAUCUGUAGAAGAUGAGCGACGGAGACGACGCCGCUAGACGCCGUACCGCGGCGGUGACUGAUUACCGGAAGAAGCUCCUUCAUCACAAGGAGCUCGAAUCCCGUGUCCGCACAGCUAGAGAGAAUUUAAGAGCAGCUAAGAAGGAAUUCAACAAAACUGAGGAUGAUUUGAAGUCUCUUCAAAGUGUUGGUCAGAUUAUCGGAGAAGUAUUACGUCCUCUUGAUAAUGAGCGAUUGAUUGUUAAGGCAAGUAGUGGCCCUCGUUAUGUGGUGGGUUGUCGUAGCAAGGUGGACAAGGAAAAGCUUACCUCGGGAACUCGAGUUGUUCUGGAUAUGACUACGCUGACUAUAAUGCGAGCCCUUCCUCGUGAAGUCGAUCCUGUUGUUUAUAACAUGUUGCAUGAAGAUCCAGGAAACAUUAGUUACUCUGCAGUGGGUGGUUUAGGUGAUCAGAUUAGAGAACUCAGAGAAUCUAUUGAGCUGCCUCUCAUGAAUCCUGAACUUUUCCUUAGAGUUGGGAUUAAACCUCCUAAGGGUGUCCUUCUGUAUGGACCUCCGGGUACUGGAAAAACUCUACUAGCUAGGGCCAUUGCCAGCAAUAUCGACGCCAACUUCUUGAAGGUUGUAUCAAGUGCAAUCAUAGACAAAUACAUUGGAGAAAGUGCUAGGUUGAUCCGAGAAAUGUUUAACUAUGCUCGUGAACACCAGCCUUGUAUCAUUUUCAUGGAUGAAAUCGAUGCUAUUGGUGGGCGCCGUUUUAGUGAAGGAACUAGUGCUGAUCGUGAAAUCCAAAGAACACUUAUGGAGUUACUCAACCAGCUUGAUGGGUUUGACCAACUUGGAAAGGUGAAAAUGAUAAUGGCCACCAACAGGCCGGAUGUUCUUGAUCCAGCACUUCUCCGUCCGGGUAGGUUAGAUAGAAAGAUUGAGAUCCCGUUGCCAAAUGAACAAUCAAGAAUGGAAAUCCUCAAGAUCCACGCCUCUGGUAUUGCCAAGCAUGGAGAAAUAGACUAUGAGGCUAUCGUGAAACUUGGAGAGGGUUUCAAUGGUGCCGAUCUGCGUAACAUAUGCACUGAAGCUGGAAUGUUUGCAAUAAGAGCGGAGCGCGACUAUGUAAUCCAUGAAGACUUCAUGAAGGCGGUGAGAAAGCUGAGCGAGGCCAAGAAACUUGAGUCGAGCUCUCACUAUAACGCGGAUUUCGGGAAAGAGUAAGAAAAGAACAAGCUCAGAGAAGAAGAGAGGGCCUAAGGGGGUAGUGAAAAACUCUGUUAUUCACUUCGAAAAACAAGCUAAUGAUUCUGUUUCAGUUUCUCAAUGUUUUGUAUUUGAGGUUUUAGUAUACACAAAAAUUCUUGCUUU